AUGAUCGCCUUCUUGAGCAUCCUCGCGCUGGCCGCCAGCGCCAUUGGCGCGCCGGUCCCCCAGACAGACAGCCAGGACCUCUCCCCCCUCUCAGCGUCCCCGACUGCGUUGGGCUUGUCGGCUUCUCCCGCCGCUUCCACCAUCAGUGUCGAAGGCAACACCACCCUCCCUGCCAACGGCACCGACCUCUCUAGCAACAACACGACGACCGCCAUCGACCCCGUCUCGAACGUCACUAUCACCACCAACGAUACCAUGUCUGCCAACGCCACAGACUGCGGUAAGAAGGGCAAGGGCCACGAGAAGGCCAAGGGCAAGGGUCACGCCAAGCACAGCGACCAGACCGACAAGGUUACGCGUGACGAGCUGGUAGACUUCUACAAGCGCGGGCCUGACUACUGGGACCAGGUCAUGGACAACCGCAUCGGCAACGAGACUGUGGAUGGGGUCGCCGCCGUCAACACCACUAUUCCCGUAGAGAGCGGCAACCUCAACGUUACCAACGGCACCGACACUUACCUCACGAGCAACUGCACCGACGACUUUGAUGAGGAGGACUCUGAAGGCGACGAGUGUGAGGAUGCCUCUGAAGACGACGAGUGUGAGGAUGACUCUGAAGACGACGAGUCUGAGGAUGACAAGUCCUCGGACUCGGAGUUCGAGGACCUCUUCGGUGGCCACGACCAGGGUAAGGACCACGACUUUAAGUCUGACUGCGGCAACACCAUGUCCCCCAACAGCACCUUCCCCAACAACAGCACGUUCUCCAACGACACUCUCCCCGGCAACAGCUCCUCGGGCAACGACACUCUCGUCAACGCCCCUGACGGCACCCUCAUCGAGUCUUCCUCCGCCGAGCCAACUCCAGCUCAGGCCCCCUACGCCCGCCACCUCUACACGGGGUUUUUCGAGCGCCAGAUGGACGUGACCACUCCAAAUCCCUCGGACACCGUCACCUCGGACGCCUCUCCCAGCCCCUCCGACACCGCGACAGAAGACGCCUCUCCCAGCUCGUCGGACACCGCGACAGCGGACGCCUCUUCCAGCCCCUCCGACACCGUGACAGCGGAUACCUCUCCCAGCCCCUCGACCUCCGCGGCGGAAGAGGGCGACGGCGAGAAGGGCCAUGGUAACGGCCAUGGUAAGGGUCACGGCAAGGGUCACGGCAAGAAGGGCAAGCACAACAAGGGCAACAAGAAUAAGUGCAACGAGGAGGGCAACCUCACUGCGCCCUCCAAUUCCUUUUCGGUCUCGCCUUCCCCCUCAGCUUCCCCCUCCCCUUCAGCGGAUGGGCCUGCCGCCUCUCCUUCCCCUUCCGCCUCACCUUCACCAUCGUCGACCGAUCCCAGCGUGACCGACUUGGCUUCAGCCUCGCCUGCCGUCUCUAGCUCUUUGUCGGUGGAGGCCUCCCCCUCCCUCUCAGCCGACGUCUCCGCCUCUCCCAUCCCCUACUAG